CCGGGUCGCGCUUGCGCAUCACAGUUCCGAGAGGGAGUGUUGCGGAGGCUCAGUCACUCUCUUCCCGUGCCAGCAGAGACCGCUGGUAGCAGCCCUGCAAUGUGCGCGGUGCUCAGCCAACCCAAGAGCGUCAAGUUGCGAGCCCUACACAGCGCGUGCAAGUUCGGCGUGGCGGCCCGGAGCUGCCAAGAGCUACUGCGCAAGGGCUGCGUCCGCUUCCAGCUCCCGAUCCCUGGUUCCCGGUUGUGCCUGUACGAAGAUGGCACGGAGGUGACCGACGAUUCCUUUUCGACCCUCCCUAAGGACACCGAGCUCCUGCUGCUCACCGCUGGCCAGACCUGGCAAGGCUAUGUGAGCGACAUCACACGCUUCCUCAGCGUGUUUAAUGAGCCACAUGCUGGGGUCAUCCAGGCUGCACAGCAGCUGUUGUCAGACGAGCAGGCCCCGCUGAGGCAGAAGCUAUUGGCUGACCUUCUGCAUCAUGUGAGUCAGAACAUCACUGCUGAGACCCGGGAGCAGGACCCAUCCUGGUUUGAAGGUUUGGAGUCUCGAUUCAGGAAUAAGUCUGGCUACCUAAGAUAUAGCUGUGAGAGCCGAAUCCGGGGUUACCUGAGAGAGGUGAGCGCUUACACCUCUGUGGUGGAUGCCGAAGCUCGAGAAGAGUACGUGCGGGUCCUUAGCUCUAUGAGCCAGAAGCUCAAGUCCAUGCAGUACAAUGGCAGCUAUUUCGACAGAGGUGCUGAGGCCAGCAGCCGCCUCUGUACUCCAGAAGGCUGGUUUUCCUGCCAGGGCCCCUUUGACCUGGAGAGCUGUCUUUCCAAGCACUCCAUCAACCCCUAUGGCAACAGGGAGAGCCGGAUCGUCUUCAGCACCUGGAACCUGGAUCAUAUAAUCGAGAAGAAGCGUACCGUGGUGCCCACGCUGGCCGAAGCGGUCCAGGACGGGAGGGAGGUGAACUGGGAGUACUUCUACAGCCUGCUCUUCACUGCUGAGAACCUGAAGCUGGUGCACAUUGCCUGCCACAAGAAGACCACACACAAGCUGCAGUGUGACCACAGGAGGAUCUACCAGCCCCAGACUGGACCCAAGAGGAAGCGGCCUGCUCGGAAGCGCCAGUGACUCGUGCUAUGCCGUCUUCGCAGUGACUACAGUGGUGAGGGGGCUUUGUUUUGUCACUCUAGAAGGUUCUAGAAAGGUCCUUAGCAGUCUUUCCAACAGAUCUUCCCAGUGCUUCCCCAGCCUCUGGCAGCCCCUCGUGUAGAGGACAGUGCUGGGUGCUCACUGGGUUCUGUGGCAGGGUCUUCACACUCAUGACCCAGGGCUGAAUGUGCCCACUGUGGUGUGGGGGAGGGUGCUGGUUUGUGCUCAGCUUUUAUGGCCUCCAUUUCCACUGCAAAUGGCAGCUCUGACUACAUUCCUCUGAAAGAAAUGGUGCUUCUGGGGUAAAUGUUUGCAUUUUAUAACGAACGUGCAGGACGCUCUCUGCUGAGCUGUUUAAAAUGGCAGAAGGUGGGAAGCCUUCCAGAUGUCUCCUGGUGGGAACAGCUGACUGUGGCCAUGUGAAACUGCUGUGUUUAAUGCGUUAAAUAAUGGCUGUCAUGAAUUUCAUAACUCAACACUGAUAAAUGUAUGCACAAUUGGAGCAGGUUUAAGCUUUUAUGUGUAGAAAUGGGAAGCUGUGAAAUGCACAGAUGGCUUACCUAUGAGGAGAAUGACCUUGAAUUGGUGAUCCUCCUGCCUCAUCCCUAGAGCUGGGAUUACAGGUGUGUACCACCACAGCUGGUGUUUGCUUUUGUAAAGUUGUCGUCUUGUGCCCAGAGACAGUCUGAGGAGCUGCCGUAGUGUGAAAGCAGCAGUCCUGGGGGGUUCUGCAGGGAUGGGAUUGGUCACCAGGUACCAAUCUCCUACAGCACCUGUUUUAUAGUACUUGAUUUCCUUUCCCGAGGCCGGGUCUCACUGUGUGGCUCUGGCUGGUCUGGGGCUCACUGUAUAGAUCAGGCUGGCCUGGACCUCAGAGUUCUGCCUCUGACUCCUGAGUGCUGGGAUUAAAGGUGUGUGCUACCACGCCCAGCCUGAGUUUAUUUUGGAAAUUAGCAUUUUACAUGUUCUUUAAUGUUUGGAUUUAUACAUGUGCCAUGUAAUCAGAAAAACAAUAAAGUGUUUAAGAAAUA